AUGCAAGCACACGAGAUAUUCAGGAGUCUUCGGAUCCCUGAGCUGAGAGAUGUUCACCAAUAUGUACGCACUCUUCCCACCAACACCUUGAUGGGCUUUGGUGCGUUUGCUGCUUUAACCACUUACUGGUACGCUACAAGACCAAAAGCCCUGAAACCCCCGUGUGACUUGGCCAUGCAGUCGGUGGAAGUCAAGGGACAUGAGAAUGCCCGCAGAUCUGCACUGCUGGAUAGUGAUGAAGUUGUGACCUACUACUAUGAUGAUGUCAGAACAGUCUAUGAAGUUUUCCAGAGAGGAAGAAGAGUGUCAAAUAAUGGGCCUUGUUUAGGACAUAGGAAGCCUAACCAGCCAUAUCAAUGGAUAUCCUACCAAGAGGUAUCGGAUAGAGCAGAAUAUGUGGGGUCUGCCUUGCUGCACAGGGGCUGUAAACCUAAUUCGGAACAGUUUAUUGGCAUUUUUGCUCAGAACAGGCCUGAGUGGAUAAUCACAGAACUGAGCUGUUAUACCUACUCUAUGGUGGCUGUUCCUUUGUAUGAUACCCUAGGAGCUGAAGCUAUUACAUACAUCAUAAACAAAGCGGACAUUUCAUUGAUAUUCUGUGACAACGCUGACAAAGCUAAAGUUCUCCUGUCCAAUGUUGAAAAGGGAGACACGCCUGUCCUUCGCACUGUUGUGCUCAUGGAUCCUUUUGAUGAAGAUCUUGUGGAGCGUGGCAAGAAAUGUGGUGUGGAGAUAAUUAGUCUGAAGGAAAUAGAGGAGGAAGGGCGGGAUCAUCAUGAGAAACCAAAGCCACCAAAGCCAGAGGACUUGGCAGUGGUUUGCUUUACAAGCGGGACAACUGGAAAUCCAAAGGGUGCAAUGCUUAGUCAUAAGAAUGUUGUAAGCAACAGUGCUGCUUUCCUUAAAGUAACAGAGGACUUGGCGUAUCCUUCUACUCAAGAUGUUCUCAUCUCUUUUUUGCCACUGGCACAUAUGUUUGAAAGAGUUGUAGAGACUGUAGUUCUCUGCCAUGGGGCUCGAAUAGGCUUUUUUCAGGGAGACAUCAGACUGUUAAUGGAUGACUUGAAAGUUCUGCAGCCCACCAUUUUCCCAGUGGUGCCCCGUUUGUUGAACAGAAUGUUUGAUCGGAUAUUUGGGCAGGCAAAUACUUCAUUGAAGCGCUGGCUGUUAGACUUUGCUUCAAAGCGAAAAGAGGCCGAGCUCCGCAGCGGAAUUAUCCGAAAGGAUAGCCUGUGGGACAAGCUCAUAUUUCAGAAAGUUCAGAAUAGUCUUGGUGGAAAAGUACGACUUAUGAUUACUGGAGCAGCUCCUGUUUCUUCUACCGUGUUAACAUUCUUGCGGGCAGCUCUCGGUUGCCAGUUCUAUGAAGGCUAUGGACAGACUGAAUGCACUGCUGGCUGUUCACUUACUAUUCCCGGAGACUGGACAGCAGGUCAUGUGGGUGCUCCUAUGCCCUGCAACUAUGUAAAGCUGGUGGAUGUGGAAGACAUGAAUUAUUUUGCAUCAAAAGGAGAAGGCGAAGUUUGUGUCAAAGGAGCCAAUGUUUUUCUAGGAUACUUAAAAGAUGAUGAAAAAACUGCUGAAGCUUUAGACAAGGAUGGCUGGCUGCACACAGGAGAUAUUGGCAAAUGGUUACCAAACGGUACAUUAAAAAUUAUAGAUCGCAAGAAACACAUAUUUAAAUUGGCCCAAGGUGAAUACAUUGCACCAGAAAAAAUUGAGAAUAUCUACUCAAGAAGUGAGCCAGUGGUACAGGUGUUUGUUUAUGGAGAAAGCUUACAGGCUUUCCUUGUUGGUGUUGUGGUGCCAGAUCCUGACAGUGCAGUCAGUUGGGCCAAAAAGAGGAAAUUGGAAGGAACGUUUGAAGAGCUGUGCAAGAAUAAGGACUUUAAAAAUGCCAUUCUAGAAGAUUUUUUGAAAGUUGGAAAAGAAGCUGGAUUAAAAACAUUUGAACAAGUAAAAGACAUUGCUUUAUACCCAGAAAUGUUUUCAAUCCAGAAUGGCCUGCUGACUCCCACCAUGAAAGCCAAGAGGCCAGAGCUGCGAAAAUACUUCCAGAAACAAAUUGAUGAACUCUAUGCCAGUAACAAUGUAUAA